AUCUCAAUGUCAGGUAAGAACCGCCGAGUGUCUUUAUCUUAUCUUCACAAUUUUUAUCAGAUUCAAAGUAACCAUUUUUGAAUGUUCGCCUAUAUUAAACCUGUAUACUGAGUAUUUUAGCGUGAGUAGUGAAAUCGACAACACGUUACGAUGAAUAAAUUAAUCGGAGUCAGGUAUUUUUCUAAUAGUAUGGUAUUAAAUGCUAUUAAAUCAGUGACUGUGGUUGGAGGUGGUCUAAUGGGAAAUGGAAUUGCUCAGGUUGCUGCUCAGGCUGGUCAGAAUGUGACAAUUGUAGAUCUCAACCCUGAUAUACUAGCAAAGAGUACAAAGUCCAUAGAGAACAACUUGAAGAGGGUUGCCAAGAAAACUUACAAGGAUGAUGUUGCCAAAGCGGAGAGCUUUGUUAAGGAUUGUUUGGAAAGAGUCAAGGUUUCUACGAAGGUGGAAGAUGGCGUUAAUGUCGAUCUUAUUAUUGAAGCUAUUGUAGAGAAACUGGAUGUAAAGCAGGAAUUGUUUAAUAAGCUGGAUAAGUUAGCUCCAGAGCACACAAUCUUAGCCACAAACACAUCAUCAAUAUCAAUUAAUGAAAUAGGAGCCGGAAUCAAUAGAAAAGAUCGAUAUGGAGGUCUCCACUUCUUCAACCCUGUGCCCGUGAUGCGAUUGCUAGAAGUAAUCAAGGGUGACCAUAUAUCUGAAGAGACAUACCAGGCAAUGAUGGAAUGGGGCAAGUCUAUUGGCAAGACAUGUAUCACUUGCAAGGAUACCCCAGGAUUUGUGGUGAACAGAUUGUUGGGACCAUACAGCGCUGAAGCGUUGAGGAUGUACGAAAGAGGAGACGCAUCAAAAGAGGAUAUUGAUAUUGGUAUGAAGUUGGGCGCAGGGUAUCCUAUGGGACCAUUCGAACUCGCCGACUACACGGGACUCGACACUAAUAAGUUUGCGUUGCAAGUUAUGUUCGAGAAGACAAAGAACCCAGUGUUCGCGCCGAUACCCCUCCUUGAUAGAAUGGUCCAAGAGGGCAAGCUUGGGAUCAAAACUGGCGAGGGGUUCUAUAAAUAUAAAAAGUAAUUGUCGAAUGGUUAAGGGAAGAGCAGAGUGCUAUUUUGAUAUUUUAUGGUGACUUGUUUGGGGGUUAAAGACUUAUUUUUUUACAAUAAAGGUUUUUGUACUA